CAGACUUCCUGAGACAAAGCUGAGGUUACUUUGCUCUCGUAUUCUUAUGUGUGGGAAAGCUACAACAUGAUAAUAAUGCUGACUUUUAAGGUUUUGCUGUCAUUCACAGAUGUUUUGUGAAAGACGAGCUCAUCACCAUGUUGGUCAGUCAGCUGCUCUUGCCUGUCUACAUCUUCACUUUCCUAAUCGGACUCCCCGCCAACCUGCUUGCAUUCUGCACCUUCUGCCGCAAGGUUCAUCGCAAACCUGCCCCCAUCGACAUCCUUCUACUCAACCUCACCAUCUCUGACCUCAUCUUCCUCUUCUUUUUACCCUUCAAGAUGAAAGAAGCCUCUGAUGACAUGAUUUGGACACUGGAUGACUUCCUGUGUCCCCUCAGCAGCUUCUUGUUUUUCUCUACCAUUUACACCAGCACAUUUUUCCUGACGGCAGUUAGCUUUGAACGCUACCUGGGCGUUGCAUUCCCAAUUCGAUAUGCCUUGUACCGUCGACCACGAUACGCUGUGAUUGCAAGCAUCUUUUUCUGGCUUGUGGGAACUCUGAACCUCAGCAUUGUCUACAUUGUACCAUCUUUGCCUUCCAGCAGUGACGAUAAUGAGAACGACAAAGUUCUGAACAGCAGUGCGAUGGAGUCCUCAGCAAAAAGGUGCUAUGACAACUUUACCGAAGAGCAGCUGGAUAUUCUGCUCCCGGUCCGUCUGGAGCUGUUCCUGGUGCUCUUCUGCAUCCCCUUCCUCGUCUGCUGCUUCUGUUACAUCAACUUCAUACGGAUCUUGUCAGGCUUGCCCCACAUUGGCCGGCGUCGCAGGCUGCGGGCCAUUGGAUUGGCUGUGGUUACUCUGGUAGUCUUUGCUGUAUGUUUUGGGCCCUACAACACUUCACAUGUGGUAGGUUUCAUCCGUGAUGAGAAUGAAGAGUGGCGGCAGUUGGCUUUGAUCUCCAGCACCCUCAAUGCCUGCCUGGAUCCCAUUAUCUUCUACUUCUCGUCAUCAGCAGUACGGAGUGCACUCAGCGGCUUCGCGAAAGGACUCAGGGAGAAGGUUCAUGUCCUGAAAUGUUGGAAGCUUCAAUGUUGCCCCCUGCUGGUCCCCAAGACUGAGAAAUACAGAGAAACACCUCCACCUGAUGACCUGAGAGGUACCUAG